AUGGUUGAACAAAUUCUCACCAACCUUGGCGAUCGCUUCUCAGUCAAGGACAUGGGUGAUGUGUCCUAUUUUUUAGGCAUUGAAGCGAUUCGUACGAAGUAUGGUUUACACCUCAAUCAACGCAAGUAUGUGUUAGAUUUGUUGGUCAAAAUGAAAAUGCAGGAUGCAAAACCAGUAGCUACACCAAUGGUCACGACCCCGAAACUCACAUUGGCUGGCAAACCACAUUCAAAUCCCACUGAGUAUCGCACCUUAGUUGGCAGUCUCCAAUACCUCUCGUUCACCAGACCGGACAUUGCGUACGCCAUUAAUCGCCUAUCGCACUUUAUGCACGCACCCACAUCGGAUCAUUGGCAAGCAGCAAAACGUGUGCUACACUAUCUUACCAGUACAAGUUCUUACUGUCUGUUUUUCAAGAAGGGCAAGCCCCUCACACUCCACUGUUUCUCCGAUGCUGACUGGGCAGGUGAUGUUUCCGAUUGUGUCUCUACUAAUGCUUAUAUUAUUUAUCUUGGUGGUCAGCCAAUAUCUUGGUCUGCUAAGAAACAGAAGGGUGUUGCAAGAUCAUAUACUGAAGUUGGGUAUAGAGCUGUUGCCAAUGCCGCUUCUGAACUCAUGUGGAUAUGUUCUCUACUCUCUGAUUUGGACUCUCACGGACUGCCUCACCUACCAUCUACUGUGAUAACAUUGGUGCCACCUACCUCUGUGCUAACCCAGUUUUUCACUCCCGCAUGA